UGCACAGACGCUGCUCAGAGAUGUGAUUCUAGAGCCAACCCACAUGCAAUGUGGGAGACCGGCCGGGGCCUUGGAAGUCAGUAGUCCAACCCAGUCAGACGAGGAGUAUCUGAGCCCUCAGGAGGAGGCGAUGGAGCUCGGGGUCUCACCUGCUCAGAGUAAAAGAGUCCACUUCAAAGAACCUCCUUCAUUUCAGGUGGCACCAUGUGACCAGAGGGGAACUGAGGGUCAAGAUGUCGUCAUCUCGGCGAGGGUCAGCGGGCAGCCCAAACCCAUGGUUUACUGGUUGAGGGACAGAGUUGCGGUGAAGACAGCGGGGCGCUUCACAGUGCAAGAGACAGAUGACGGCACCACUGAAAUGACAAUCGGCUCAGCUCAGAGGUCGGAUGCAGGCCUUUACGUCUGCAAGAUCGUCAACGAGUACGGAAGCAAGCAAGCGGAGUGCAGAGUGGAGGUCAAAGCAGCGGCUGCAGCACAAACGACACUGAAAAUCAGCAGGGAGGUCAAAGAUGUGGCGGUGAGGGCUGGAGAGACGGCCAUGUUCGAGUGUCACAUCACAGGACCUCCAGAUGUCGAUGUGGACUGGCUGUCCAAUGGGAGGCUGAUUCAGCCGGCGCUGCUCAACUGCAAAAUGCACUUUGAUGGAAAGAGGUGCCGUCUGCUGCUGAAUUCGGUCCAUGAGGAUGACAGUGGAAUAUACACUUGCAAGCUUAGCACUGCCAAAGAGGAGUUGACCUCAAGUGCAACCCUGAAGGUCACCCCAUCCAAGGAGCCACUGUUCACCCGUAAGCUGGACAUUCUGGAGGUCAUCGAAGGUCGCACUGCCCGGUUUGACUGUAAGGUGAGCGGCUCACCUGCUCCACGUGUCACAUGGAUGCAUUUUGAGACGAGAGUAGAGGAGAGUGAUAAUGUUCGCAUCCUUCAAGAGGGGGGUCGCCACUCGCUUCUCAUCACCCACGUUAGCAGCGACACAGAGGGCUUCUACACAGUGGUCGCUCAAAACAUCCACGGAAAGUCUGAGUGCACGGCGGAGCUCUACAUGCAAGAGCCUCGGGCUGCCAUCUCCUCUCACAUGUCCAAGCUGGAGAAGAUGCCAUCCAUCCCAGAGGAGCCAGAGGUGCUGGAGAGCGAGGUGGAGAAGAGGACCAUGCCGGACUUUGUCAAACCUCUGGCCGAUGUGGAGGUGAUCGAAGGCAAAGAGGCGGUGCUGAAAUGCAAGGUGGCGGGCCUGCCCUACCCAACCAUCGGCUGGUACCACAACGGCAAGCGCAUCGAGAGCAGCGAAGAGCGCAAAAUGACCCAGUACAGGGAUGUCCACAGUCUGGUCAUUCGGAGCGCAUGUCACGCUCAUGGGGGCGUCUACAAGGCCGUCAUCUCCAAUAAAGUGGGCAAAGCAGCCUGCUAUGCACAUCUAUAUGUCACAGACAUUGUUCCUGACCCCCCUGAUGGUCCUCCCAUGAUAGAGGCUAUUACAGGGAAAACUAUAAGCCUCAGCUGGAAGAGACCAAAGAGGCUUGACUCUCCAUUUGAUUCUGGCUCCUUGCUGUAUGUGGUCCAGCAGCAGCCUCUGGGCUCUAUCCAGUGGUCUGUUGUGGCGUCCAACCUGAGGGAGACCAGCUACACCGUCACCUCCCUGUCCAAGGGAGUCCGCUAUGCUUUCAGAGUCCUGACAUCCACCGGGAAGACAUUGAGCAAACCAUCACCCUCUACUGACCUGGUCCAGCUGCUGGACAGAGGACCCUAUCUGCGGAAAGCACCGGUCAUUUUGGACAAACCAGACAUUGUUUAUGUGGUUGAGAACCAACCUGUAGGUGUCACCAUCACGCUGAACCAUGUACAUGCAGUUGUCACCUGGAAAAGGAGGGGGGUGGCGUUGGUCAACAGACCGGGGAUGUAUGAGAUGAGCAUGCCAGACGACGAUCAGCACUCCCUGAAGCUUCAGAGAGUCAGGAGCACAGACGUCGGCCAGUUGGUGGUCACAGCCAGCAACCAGUUUGGCAGCGACCUCUGCACGCUUCAGCUGGCCAUGGCAGUGCCUCCUAAGUUUGAAACCAUCAUGGAGGAUGUGGACGUGCACAUUGGGGAGACAUCCCGUCUGGCUGUUGUGGUUGAAGGGAAACCAGAUCCAGAUAUUCUGUGGUAUAAGGAUGAUGAGCUUCUCUCUGAGAGCAGUCACUUCACGUUUGUGUACGAUGACCCAGAAUAUUCCCUGGUUGUCCUCAACGCCCACCCCGAACACUCCGGCGUGUACACCUGCACUGCGAAGAACCUGGCCGGCUCCAACUCCUGCAAGGCUGAACUCACAGUUCAUACAGAGCGAAAAGAAGCUGCAGAGCCAAUGGAGGACGAGGGAACCAUUCUGAGGAAGAUGAGGCGUUUGACGGAUUACUACGAUAGCCACAAAGAGAUAGGGAGGGGUGCCUUCUCCUAUGUGAAGAGGGUGACUCAGAAGAAGGGAAAGGCCGAGUUUGCUGCCAAGUUCAUUUCUGCGCGAGGAAAGAGGAAAGCCUUGGCCCUCAGAGAGAUGGACCUGCUGUCUGAGCUGGACAACGAGAGGAUUCUCUAUUUCCACGAUGCCUUUGAGAAGAAGAACGUGGUGGUGCUCAUCACAGAGUUAUGUCACGAGGAGUUGCUGGAAAGAAUGGCCAAAAAAACAACCGUCAAGGAACUGGAGAUCCGCUCUAGUAUCCAGCAGGUUUUGGAAGGUCUUUGUUAUCUACACCAAAAAAACAUUGCCCAACUUGAUAUUAAGCCUGAAAACAUUUUAAUGGCAAGUCCCGGGACUGACCAGAUCCGCAUUUGUGACUUUGGCAAUGCCAUAAAGUUGGAGGCUUCUGAGGAGUACUACUGCAAAUACGGCACGCCGGAAUAUGUUGCACCAGAGAUUGUUAACCAAACUCCCGUCUCCACAGCAACAGACAUAUGGCCUGUUGGUGUCAUCACUUACCUCUGCCUGACAGGUGUGUCUCCUUUUGCUGGUGAGAAUGACAGAGCCACUGCCUUAAACAUCCGUAAUUACAAUGUGGCGUUUGAGGAGAGCAUGUUUUCUGACCUCUGCAAAGAAGCCAAGGGAUUUGUCAUCAAGCUUUUGGUGGUGGACAGACUGAGGCCCAGUGCCAUCGAGUGCCUUCGUCAUCCUUGGUUCAAGUCACCAACGAACAAGAGCAUCAGCACAGCUAUGCUGAAGCAAGUUUUGUCUAGAAGGCGAUGGCAGCGUUCCCUUAUCAGCUACAAGUCCAAGAUGGUGAUGCGGUCGAUCCCAGAGCUUUUGAAUGACUCAUCCAGCCACGUCUCCAUUGCUGUGGCACGGCAUUUAAAAGAAGGCUCCCCACCACCCUCUUCUUCCUCUGACUCGGAUGCAGACGUGGAUGAGCUUCCCUUUAUUCCUAUGCCCCUGUCCAUGGUCUUUUCAGGGUCCAGGGUCUCCCUUAAUGAGAUCCCCGGGGAUGAAGGUGUCACUGUAUGGCCCAGUGUUGCUGCUGAUGGGACAAGGAAAAAGGACGACAUGGAGGUAGCAGGUACGAGAGUAGGGACUAACAAAAGUGUGAAAAAUGAAGUGGAACCCCCAAAUGAGGAGAAAAUGGAAAAGACAAGACGAGCUCCCCUUAAAAAGGGAUCGAGUGUGGAGUCUGAGGAUUCACAGACGAAAGCCAGGCGGGCUACCAUGAGGAGAGGCAGCUCUGCUGAUUCAGCACUGCUUCUCCACAUUGACCCAGAAGAGGAAAAUUCCAGCAACGAAGAAGCAAGUAGCAAGAGCCUGAAAAAGGCCGUCUCUAUGGAACUACCCAAUCGCAGUCCAAGCCCUGGAGCAACGAAGUUAAGCCAAGAGGAUUAUGCCCUAAAACUGGAACUGAUGAGACAGCGAUUGCUCAGGGGAGGAAGCAUGGACAAAAAGAUGAGCGGCCUGCGGGGGCCCUUGUUUGAAACACUCGGCAUGGAAGAUGAGAGGCGGACAGGAUCUCUUGAUCGCAAUUUGAGGAGGUCUAGAGCAGGGCCAUCAGCACUCGUCAGAGCAGCGUCUUCUGAGAGUCCUGGGGAGGACGUGCCACAGAUCAAAGUUUUUCGGAAAAGUGCCUCCUUCACUCAGGGGGAUUCUGAGCCCAUGCCCCUGCACCGCAGGUUUGGAGCCCCCUUAGAGAUCCCAUCAGUGGGCAACGGCAGCAUUGAGGGGAAGAAACUUCAGGAGGCGACAUCAAUGUCCGCACUAACAGAACAAACAACACUGGAGUCUACAUCUGUCUCGCCUACAAAGAGGACUUCCUUUAUACUCCCAACAUCAGGGAGACUGGACCAACAGCAAAAACAGAACACUGUGAAAGAACGUGAGGAUAUGCAAAGUAUGAAUGAGAGGCACAGGGAUGGGAUAACAGAGAAAAGGACCAAAACCCAGUUAGAAAAGGCAGACAAAGAAGAAUCUGAGUCGAGAUCACCCUCUGUUAUUACUCCUAUAAUUGUGAUUGAGGAGGAUGAUGAAGAAGAAGAGAGGAAAGAAAAUCAGGAGUUGCAUAUUCAUGAAAAGGACACGAAGGCACACGAAGAAUUACCACAAAACGGUAAACCAUCAUCUGCAUAUGCAAGUGCCAUUCAAGCUGCUGCCUUGUCUCAAACACCUGACAAGGCUCAAUCCAAACAUCCCACUGCUGCAGCCAAACCAGAUGAUACAAAAUCCACAGAUACGCCCACAUUACCGGAACACGCAGCAGUAUUUGCCAAAGUAGCAACUGCCGACCGAUCUCCUGGUUCUGUCUCCACAUCAUCAAACCCUGAUCUUCCUGCCGUCGCCCACCAGCCUGUACUCAGAACAGACAUCAAAGACAUCGACUCAGAGGAGGUCUUCGAAGCCAGGUUUAAGAAGCGGGAGUCAUCUUUGACCCGUGGCCUCCGAAAACUGACCCGAAACAAAUCAGAGGAGAAAUCACCUGUACUGAGCCGGAAGGGGGUCGAAGGAGGUGAAGAGGUUUACAGGCCGGGGCCUAGGGGGGCACCUCUUGAAAUGGUAUCCAAAGGACUGCAGGAGAAAUCCAAAUCUGUUCAAGAUUUGAGAGAGGAAGAGAAGGAAACAGGCCUUGGUCUAAUUGGGAGGUUUUCGCUGCGGGCCAAGAGGUCAACAUCCGCUGAUAAGAAGGGUGAGAAACCAAAGGAGGAAAAGCAUCAGGAUGUGCAGGAAACUGCUGCAAGCAAGAGGGUUUCGUGGGCUAUUGGCCGCAGUAAGUCCCUGGAUACUAAAGAGCUGAGCAGUGCACAGAGGCAGCUGGAUGAGAGAGAACAAAGAAAAGCAGACGAGUCAUCGGUUUCUGCUAUGAGGCGCAGGUUUGAGUCCAAAGUGGCAGGAAUCUCCGCCAAAAUACGGACCCAGUCAGAGGAGAGGAAGGAUAAAGAGGGGAGUCAGAAAGAGCCGGCGCAAAAGGACUCAAAGAAAGUCACAGAUUCCCCUGUCGUGGCAAUGCGACAGAAGUUUGAGAACAAAGUGGCAGGAAUGUCCACCAAAACCCGCAGUCAGUCUGAGGAGAGAAAAGGAGAAGCAGAGGGAAAGAGGACCCCCCUGUUCACCCGCCAUCGUCAUUCCCAGUCCGAGGGGCGAGGACUCAAAGGAAUGGGCAUCCCAGAAAAUCAGCUGGCAAAACAGGCCGGUGCCGGUGCAUCCAAGGAAUCACUUGAAUCCUCUUCUAGCAUCCAUUCCGAAAAGGCCUCAGAGAGUGACAGGCGAUCGAGGUGGGACAGGUGGGGUCUGACAAGGGGCAAGAAAGACAAAACCCCCUCCCAGUCUGAUCUGCCCUCAUCCUGCCCCAAAGAGGAAGGUCUGUCAAAAAGCCAGCAGUUUAUCCGCUCUGCUUCGGAUUUCGCCCCUGUGUUCCACAUCAAACUGAAAGACCACAUCCUGUUGGAGGGGGAACCGGUCACUCUCAGCUGCCUUCCAGCUGGAAGUCCACAUCCAGAAAUCACAUGGAUGAAAGAUCGGAAACUGCUGGCGGUGGAUGACAGACUCAACCUGAUCUCCCACCCAGAUGGCAGGCAGCUUCUUAUGAUCAUGAAGUCCAGCCGGAGGGACGCUGGAGUUUAUGAGUGUGUAGCCACCAACCCCAUAGCUACCAUCACCACCUCCUGCACAUUGACCAUAGCUUGUGUCCCAAAAAGGCCAGGAACCCCUGAGGUCCCCCAGACUUACAACAACACAGCCCUGGUGCUCUGGAAGCCAGCAGACACCAAACCUCCCUGCAGCUACACCCUGGAAAGAAAGACAGAAGGUGAUUCUAACUGGCUGACUGUUGCCACUGGAGUUGUCGACUGCUACUACAAUGUCACAGACCUACCAGCAGGUGGCACCUUUAGGUUCCGUGUCACCUGCACCAACAAGGCAGGACAGGGACCCUACAGCAACUGCUCAGCACCAGUCGGCCUGGACUCAACGGCUGGAGGAGCUUCACCUGCCGUCGCCGUCGUAAAGACAGCUCCACCUGAACCAGUCCUCACCUCCUCAGUGACUGUGCCUCCACUCAGACCAGUCCAGAACAACACUCCCAGGAUACCUCCCACCACCAUCGCUCCCACCUCCACCUCCCCAAAACACACAGCCUCUCAUGCUGCUUUACCUCUUCAGUCUACAUCGCUGGUCACUCCCACCCCUCCACCCUCUGUGCCUUCCAGCCCGACAACAAACCCCCCAUUACCUCCUGCAGGCACAAUAGCUGAGGACGCUCAAAAACCAAACUCCACUCUUCCUUCUUCACCCACAGUUAAAGCACCCCCACCCUUUGUCCUCCCCAAACCUCAGAGUCCAGUAAACGUGGUGUCUCCUAUGACGCAGACCCCACCAGUAUCGCCGCCACCCCCUCUUGUAACCUCUCCGUCGAUGCCAACCAAACCAGCAGUGGCCUCUGUGCCCACGUACGUCCCCACCACCACCGCCACGGCUCGCGUGGCUCCGACUCCUGUGUCCUUUUCCCCACAAGUGCUCCAGGCCUCCAGCCUGAGCCCCAUUGGUGAAGGAGCCAGUACCCCCACAAGAGGCACCCCAUCAGGGCGCACCACGCCCUCCACUGCUCUCCGACAGGGGGUUCCACAGAAACCCUACACUUUCCUGGAUGAGAAAGCCAGGGGUCGUUUUGGAGUCAUCCGAGAGUGCCGCGAGAACGCGACGGGAAAAUUAUACAUGGCAAAGAUCAUUCCCUACAGCCAGGAGAGCAAGCAGGAAGUCCUGAAGGAGUAUGAGAUCCUGAAAUCCCUUCACAACGAGAAGGUCAUGGCUCUGCACGAAGCCUACGUCACGCCGCGCUACCUGGUGCUGGUAGCAGACUACUGCACAGGCAAAGAGCUGCUGUACAGCCUCAUAGACAGGUUCCGUUACUCCGAGGAUGACGUGGUGGGUUACCUGGUCCAGAUCCUGCAGGGGGUCGAGUACCUCCACAACCGGCGCGUCCUCCACCUGGACCUCAAGCCAGACAACAUCAUGGUGACAAACCUCAACGCCAUCAAGAUCGUGGACUUUGGAAGCGCCCAGAGCUUCAACCCCCUCAACCUCAAACACCAGGACUCAGGAGCAGGAACUCUGGAGUACAUGGCUCCUGAGAUGGUAAAAGGUGAAGUGGUGGGUCCUCCUGCAGAUAUUUGGACUGUUGGAGUUGUCACCCACAUCAUGCUCAGUGGUUGUCUGCCCUUCGAAGAUAAAGACCCUCUCCAAGUCGAAUCCAAAAUCCUGAUGGCGAAGUUUGACCCAACAAAACUGUACCCAAAUGUGUCCCAAAGUGCCUCCGCCUUUCUCAAGAAGAUGUUGAGCAGUUACCCCUGGGCCCGUCCGACUACACGCGACUGCUUCACACAGGCCUGGCUGCAGGACUCCUACCUAAUGAAGCUGAGGAGACAGACUCUCACCUUCACCUCCGGCCGACUCAAAGAGUUCCUGGUGGAACAACAAUGCCGUCGAACAGAGGGCGCCACCAAGCACAAGGUGCUGCUGCGCACCUACCAGAGCUCACCCCAGUCCCCGGCGUCUGGGACUGCACCGCACGUUUCCAGCCCGAAGUGACAUGACGGAGAAAAUGCAGCACCAACACAUGAGUCUGCAGGGUUGGAUCUGCCCACAGGGACGCAGAAUAACAACUUUUUGCAUCUUAACUGCUGCAUGUAGAAUGUCAGCCUGCCGAGUGAGGAGCAGGUGAAGACACAGGGGACAAGCAGAUAGCUGGAUAAUGCUAAAAUAUCCAAAGAAAAGACAGGAGUCCACGUGUUAUUAUGGGAGACUUUAACAUUCAGCACGAAUGGAGCUCUGAGAUGAUACAAGAACACCAAGGGAACGAGAAGCAGACCGCCAUCAUGUGUUUAUUGAAUUGUUUAUUAAAGUUCAGAACUUCUCAUAAACUGUCGAUCCACUGAAAGGACACAGGAUGUUCUUUGUUCUUCUUGAUUGAUUGCACAAUUUCUCAGCCACAUUGUGAAUUUUGUAAUUGCACAUUAAUAUUUGCUUUCGAUAAACUUUGGUCUCCACUCUGCACGAUCAGCCUGGAACAUGUGUAUCAUCAGCGUUUCCACUGUGCGACCUUGUUUAUGUCACUGACUUUAGUGGUGAACAACUCAUGUGAAUGUACCAUGAUUUACGCUGCUAAAUUAUUUUUGCAUUGACGUAUAGUUUUAAAACUCAAAACCAAAAAUAUUCUUUUUUUUUCUUGAAAUUGUUUACUUUUUCCAUGUUAAUUUAUUUGCAUGUGUGUGCGCGCGAGCAUUUUUGAGUCACUUUGCAAAUUGAGGCGAAAAAAUACAAUAAAAAUACGGAGUGUCUUUGUGAUCGGUGUUAAGACUCACACAGUAAAAAUGAGCUGCUUUAGGGUGAGCUAGGAAUAUUUGGUACAACUUCUUGUUCUGUGGUUAAAACUGAAUUCUAUCUGUUUUACAACUAUGAAAAGCAGUCUGUAAUGUAGAUAACAUUUUGCUUGGAAAAGACAUACACACUGGUGAAUUGCUGUAGUUUCUCAGUAUUACCCAUCAGUCAGUCAGGUUGCUCCAGUCACGAUCAGCCAGUCAGUGCCUAAAUCGGAUUCAUAUCCAAAAUAUUUAUCCUGUAAAUGCAUCUCCAUUGAUACUAAUUCACAAUUUAUGGAUUAUUUGAACAAAGCAAAAAUCUGACUGCAAUAUUUGGACUUUACAGAUGCAUAUAGAUUCUUACAUGCACGCAUACAUUUGUACAUGCACACAUACAGCACAGCACACGCAGUCCUUGUAAUAAUAGAACGUCUUGUGUAUUGAUCUAUCACAGUGUUCCUUUUUGUAUGAAUUUGGACGGUUGAAGAUUUGUAAAUGUACCAAUUUGCGGUGUUUAUAUGUGGAAAAAGUUGAAAAUGUUUUUAUGAGAUAGUAUGUAAUAAACUAUUGAUAC